AUGAAGUCAACCGCAUUCUCUGUUCUGCGGCGCAAUGGUGCUACUUCCUUUCAAAAUGUAAUACGACCUCAAUAUGCAGCGAUUCGAUAUUUGUCCACGAAAGCAGACAUUCCUGCCGAAUCACCAUCUUUACAAACCACCCUCCAUGCCGAGCUCACAUCCCGUCCCAGAAACACAUCAAUCGACUACAUCUCCCCCAUUCCUUGGAACCUCCUCAACAUAUCCCUCGCUGACUUCCUACCGUCAUCAUGCCAACCACGUAAUUUCAAUCCAGCAGGAGAUCCAACAGAUGCAGCUGUUGAUGUCACUUCUACAGCUCUUCCCCAGGGCCACCAUCUAGUCUAUUUCCCACCACCAGUUCCCGACAGCAGUCUCCUACGUGAUGGCACUGACUCCCUCCACUCCCCUGGCGCGCCAUUUGUCAAACGCCUAUGGGGAGGCGGCUCUAUCGUCUUCAGCCAGGAAGAGAAGUUCCAAAUCGUACCCAAGAAACUUGCCGUCUGCGGUGAGGAAAUCACAGACGUGAACGUCAAGGGUGUGGAAGGACAGGAGAAAGUUUUUGUGACAGUAACCCGACGGAUACUCUCCAUUUUGGGGGGAUAUUCUAGGGCAGGCAAACGGCAUAAACGGCAGAGGCGAAAGGAGAUGUUUUUGAACAUGGAUACGAAGUCGUUGGAGCAAAGGUAUGGGAUGGAGGGUAUACGGCCAUGGGCGGUGAUUGAAGAGAGGAAUCUUGUUUUUAUGAGGGAGAAGUCGACGGAAGAGGCGAGGGAUGAUCUGGAGAAGGUGGGGAAGAUCGUGAAGCCUCCUCAUACCCCCGACUUCAGUGUCUCCUUGAGACCUAAUGCUGCGCUCCUCUUCCGCUUCUCGGCCCUGUCCUUCAACGCACAUCGCAUUCAUCUCGACCCUCAAUAUACACGGGAAGUUGAAGGCCACCGGAAUCUCCUCGUACACGGCCCUCUGACUAUAGUCCUUAUGCUGUCGGUACUGAGGUCUCAAAUCACGGGAGGGAAGAUGGUAGUGCGUUUUGAUUACAGGAAUUUAGCGCCGCUGUAUGUGGAUGAGGAGAUGAGAAUUUGUGUCAGGCGGGAUCCCGAGAGAGAGAAUAAGUUGGAUGUUUGGGUUGAAGGGAGGGACGGUGGAUUGGCAGUCAAGGGGACUGCAAUUAUUGGGGAUGCGGAGUUCGAUAACAGACGGUGAUGAAGAGGAUACAGCUCAGUCCAUGAGGCUGUCAUUGGCAGUGCGAUGUAAGUUACGUGACAUUGUGAUUAAUGAUGUCAGGGGUUGAAGCUCGCUGAUAUCUCGACUAUGAUAGCAAAGAGUAUGGACACUUGAAGUUGCUAGCCGAGUUCAAAGGCUGCCACUUUUGCUUCUCCAUUGCUGCGGACUGCGGACUAACCCUAAAAUAUCAUACACCUCGAAUCUACUUCGCUGACUCGCUUCCCGGCGCCGCAUGCUUCAAGGCUUUGCUAGCAAUUAUAUGGGGUCGAACCCUUUACGUAUGGCGACGACUGAUCCCCGAAACGAUUACUUGAUGAACCUACGGACAGCGAGGUCCAAUGCUGGGUGCUGAUUUGCUACUCCUGUGGUACUUGACGCAGAGAGUAGAAGCAUCAAGACAUGGGCUUUAUGAUACAGGGAAACAACAAAACAACAGACUCAUUCCAUGGACGAGGUGUGUAGCGCUUUCCAGCUCGGCAUUUGCUUCACAUAUCUCAAGAGACUACUGUAACAGCUCUGCUUCUAAAUAACGUUGGGAAGAAUGCUUCCUCUCGCUAGCCCACCUCGAUGCUGAAAAAUGUCAAAUCUCGUUAAGCACAGCAUCAGAGUGGCUUUAAGCUAUUCGCAGGAACAAAGCACUCGACCCCAAGAUCUCGUUUCAAGUAUAUUGUGUUAUCGAAAGACAAGGACACGAAGGUCCGUCGAGCCGCAAGAACCGUGGCAACCAUGGACCUCUGCUGGGAUUUCUAACUAUACAAAGCCUUUGCUCAAAUGCUUGAGGCUCGGCGACCUGAGGACAACUCUGAAUUAGUGAUUCGCCAGAUCGAGUAGAGAGUAGAUCAAGUAAUCAAAAUAAUCAAAAUGUAACUGAUGACAAGGACAGGACCUCGAGCAUAGAAACGACGCUGCGACCAGGUGUAGCCCCAAGCUCCAACAAGGGAUGUGACUGAAACUGUGUAAUCAUGUACCUGGAGCUUGACUACUGCUGGCCUGCACGUCCUCCAAUCCGAGCUCCAUUCCUUCACAUGACAAGCCAAUACGAGAAUGACUCCGGGCUGAGCAUCCCUUUUGGGACAUUUCUGAAGCUAUCUAGAAGUAUCGUUCGUAUUCGAGAGAGGCUUGUCAUCCGGAUGGCGCGUCAAAAGCUACCUGGUAACCUUUACUCGUUUGUGCUGUAUCUGUUUCUGGUAUUAGCCCACCGCUAGCAACGCGCACGUCGU